AGGCGAUGCAACCACCUCACUCGAGCGCCGAUCGCGCGACAAGCAUCCACGAACCCCGCUUUCAACUCGGCGCGAGUUUCACGCGAACGCGAAAACGUCCGGCUUGUCCCGGCUCGAAAGAAUUUCAAGACGAAAAUUUCGGAUCACUCACGGUGUCGAUAUGUGUAUUUGAGCACCCACGAAAGAGACUUUAAAAGAGUAAGAGGUGCGAGUCGAGCAAGUUCCAUAGCCUUGCCAGGCUGGGCCAGGACUGGUGGUUAAUUGUUUUUCACAGCGCGAUUGAACGCUUGAAUCUAUUAAAACUCUCCGUCAUAUGUUGCGGAGGAUCUUGUAUGUACUGGAGAACAAUUUUGUUCUCCAGUGACGUUACGGACGAUUUUACGACGUAACAAUACUUAAAUGUGUAAUCAUUGUCCUUUCCAAAGAGACCUUCUACGUCGAAUGGUAGAACGAUCCAUUUAAACGUCAGUGGCAUCUAAAGAACACGUGCUACCCAAUCGGGGAUAGCCGCUAACUCACAUCAUCGCUGAAGCAAGGUACAAUAUGAUCCACCGAAAAAUAUAAGAACACCAACCAUCGAAGGAUGUAAUUAGCGCGCGACUCACAGUUUCACCGUUCAAAUUUAUCUUCUCAGGAAAGAGACCAAGUGCGAGACUUUCAACCGCCGAGAUACACACAGACAGAGAGAAAAGAUAAGAAGUGACGGAGUUGAAUCAGGACGAGCAAAAAGACGAGUAAUCAAGAGAAGAUACGCAUAUCGAAUCACGCGCGAGUUGCGAGUUAAUCGCGAGCGAAAUUAAUUAAACGUGCCAACAAUCAACAUCAACAGUCGAAACGUGAUUUGCAAAAGAGAAGGAAAAAGCUAUCGGGGUCGAUAGCAAAGAGAGAGACAGCAUCGGCAAAACCAACCGAGUGAAGGAAAAAAGACUGACACACUCUCGUCGCGAUGAUAAAGCGAUAAGGCAGCGAUAGCGAUACAGCAGCAACGAUUAAUUGAUCGACGGCUGUUUUUCGAGACGAGAUGAGCGUGUUUUCCGCAUGUUGCGCGUGAUAAAUCGGCAAGAUUAAUUGCGCGACUACUCGAUUCGAUCCUCGCUCACAUUGUUCGCGCGACAAAGGGGAUGAAGAUGAACGACGUCAAGCCGGAAAGCUCCAGCACGUCCAUUUCGUCGCCAGGUGGAAACAAUAAUAAUAACAACAACAAUAAUAACAACAUCAACGGUAAUGGUAAAGCGACAGCCGCCGCGACGGUAGCCGCCAAUGGCGGCGAAGGGAUCAGCGCCGCCGUCGCCAAGGUUCUCCAGGGAUACGACUGGACUCUGGUACCCGUUGCUACCAAGGGCUCCGGCGACAAAAGGGCGGCCCACGUUAAGAGGCCCAUGAACGCGUUUAUGGUGUGGGCCCAGGCUGCGAGGCGAAAACUAGCCGAUCAGUAUCCUCAACUUCACAACGCCGAGCUGUCGAAAACGCUAGGAAAAUUAUGGCGGCUCCUGUCCGAUAACGAUAAGAAACCCUUUAUCGAAGAAGCUGAUCGCUUGCGUGUUAUUCACAAACGCGAGCAUCCCGAUUACAAGUAUCAACCCCGACGUCGAAAGCAGAACGGGCCUUCUUCCGGUCGUGAUAGUUCACCUUCGAGGAACCAGAGCAAUGUGACGUUUAGCGUUUCCAGGUCGUUGAAACAGGAGGAUAUGAGUCCCAGGGGUGUGCAAGGGCCUAAUUCACCACAGAGUGGCGUGAGCUCUUCGCCACCGACAACUCCCGGCCAAGGUCUCUCACCGCCGACACCCCCUACGACACCCAGAGGACAGCAUUAUGUCAAUCAGACCAAUCAGCCUCCGCAAAACAAUACCGUAUACUAUCAGGAGUUAGUUAGCAACACACCAUCAAGCGAUUCUUCGCAUCAGCAGCCGGCGGUCGAUCUUCGAUACAUCGAAGUCGGAGACAGCCUUCUUGGCGAGGAAAACCAGCUGAACGGCCUCGGCACUUUGGGCGGGCUCGGCCUGAAUCUGCCGGUGAACUUCCAGGAGUGCGAGGUCGAGAGCAACGAGCUCGACCAAUAUCUACCACCCCAGACCACGCCGAUACAUCAAUAUCCACCUGUGCAAGUCACCACCGCUUCGCAAUGGUUACUUAACAGAUAUGAGGAGGAGAUCGAGAGACCGAUCAAGCGCCACUCGGAACAAGCGAUCGCGGAAGUUUCAUGGGAGGAUAGGACCCAGGAGAUGGUCAGGUAUCACGAGUUGCAGCCUCCCCUUCCACCAGUCCAAUACAUAUCUGCCCAUAAUACACAUCACUCGCAUGCGACCGCGCAGAUGAGCCAUCCGCACGUGUCCACGUCCUAUGCGCAAUAUGCUCAUCGUUACGUACCUGGUAUCGAGACGUGGCCAAAUUACAUGUAGGAUCAAAACCAGGUAAACACGACGAUGGUCUAUCAUUUUUAUGGAGCACUAUGAUGUGCCGUGGGAAGUAUCAUUGAAUAUUCGAUUUACGUACAAGAAUAAGCGAAUAAAGAUUCGCAUAAAUCGUCCCAGAUUCGCCGAAAAGUAUUUCAACAACAUAAUUUCGGAAUUUGAUGUAUCGAUUUUGUCUUAAAAUAUCGACAGAUGUUAUUUUUGAUUCAAAAUUUUCAUUACAAAUUUCAAAAUAUUUUAUUACAAUAUUUAAAUAAAUUUUCCACGCGUCAACAUAAAAUCAUACUAUAAUUGACAUCGCCUUGUUAUUUAGGAAUCGAAGGUUUGUUGUACGAAGAGAAGCAAAGGUUUUGUUUACGCGUGGAGACGGUUUUAUUUUUAAUAAU